AUGGCGCCUUCUCCUCAUCCCGAUUCGUUGUCCUCUUCAAUUGAAUAUACCCCCGAAUAUAAUGCCUUUAUUGAGAAACUUGCCGAAUAUCAUGAGAAACGAGGGACGGAGUUCAUUCGCGAGCCUAGAGUAGGAAGUCGUUCGAUUGAUCUCUUCAAGCUCUAUACCAUGGUGAUGGAAAGGGGAGGUUACGAUAAGGUCAGCGACGAGAAACUCGCUUGGCGCAAAUUGGGACAGGAUUUUAAUCUGGGAACACUGAACCUUCCCGCCCUGGCCUUCAGUUUGAAGACCGUAUACUACAAGAACCUCGCUGCGUAUGAAAUAUCUACCGUCCACGGAAAGGAACCGCCGCCAAAGGAAAUUCUCGAAUAUCAGACUGCGAAGGGGGGAGCGCUUCUCACUCGUACAAUGGAGAAUUACAAGCCGCGCAAAGAUAUGAAUGACCAUUCAGAAGCGUCUGGUGAUGAUGGGACGCCUGCGCGUGGGGAGCGCAAUGGCAGCGAGGAAACUCCAGGAUCUGGAGGUAGAGUGACAAGAGGAUUGCGACAAGCGCCUCCGCAAAGGAUCUUGUUCCAACCAGACACUCAGUCCUCCCGACAAAGUAGACAUAUAACUUCCAACAACUCCCACACAUCAACACCACAACAUUCGAGCCAGCCAAAUCAACAGCCUCGCGGCGCAUCCACCUCUUACAACCCCUCCUCAAAUAUCGACAACAUGUCGCUCGCCGUCGCAAACUACGAACCUCGCCCUCAAAUGCCUCUGACCCUCAGACCAGUUAUCACGCCUAGUAAUAACCCACAAGAAUAUGCUCGCCGAUUAAAAGCAAAGAUCGCCAGUCUUAACGCGAAUGGAAGACCUGUUCCUCCAGCCAACCGAGGCAUUAUGCUACCAGGAUCUGGUUUCGAUGGUCCAAACAUAUAUGUCCGAUGUCUUUGCGCGUUAAAAUCUGGCAUCGCAUCGGAGCAAGAUUAUGCUCUACACCAUCUCGUCAAGAUAUCCAUGGAAAGAGGUGAUAAAUACCGUUUCGAGUCUUUCGCAGGUUUGGCGGAAGCACUGAUUGAAAAAAUGCUGGAAGUUAGCUCGCUGUUCUAUCAAGUCGAUUGGCAAAUCUCAUACACUGAAGAUGGGACUAUGUUCAGCAGCAAUGUUCUUGACGGGGCGGAAGGUACACCAAAUAUUCUAGAACGCAUUGCUCGCCUCACGAAGUUGGAUGUGGACGACAACAUCCAACCUGCUGAGUUCAGUGAUGCCUUGCUGCAGGUCAUUGAGGCUGCUCUGACGAUGCGAAACAUGGUCAUGCUGGAAGAAAAUGCACAAUACGUAUCAGAGAUGGCCCCACUGCGAGACUUCCUCAGCAUUGCCCUCAAUCUUCCAAAUCUAGAAAGUGUCAUUGAGUUAAAGCACUACGCUCUGGAUAUUGCGGAACAACUCACGCGAUACCUUCAUUUUGAGGAGAACGACCCACUCUAUAUCUCUCUUCUGGCACAACUACAAUCCCAGGAUCGCGGCGCAAUCUUGACAUCGCUACGUGCUAUUGGUAGAAUUUCCAUGGACCUCGAAGAAAACAAUCUUCUAAGAGGUGUUCCUAAAGCUGCGGUACAAAACAUUAUGGAUUGGACAAUUCUAAAUGAUGAGGAAAUGGUUCAUGCUUGUCUGGAUUUCUUGUAUCAAUACACCGCUGUUGUCGACAAUGUUGAUUUCCUUACCACUAAUGUACAGGUGGAACCACUCGUGAACCAGCUCACUCGUCUCCUAACACACGGAGCUAAGGACGUUGUCAAGGAGAUUGGGCGUGUACCAGAUGGACGAGAACCUGCUCCCGACGAUCUUGCGCGACUUCCCAGAGAACUUCUCACGCAGCUCCUCAGAUUAGAAGAGCCAGACCGAAGCUCUCAAUGGCUGCGCUGCCUGUUUGAGGAGGAUCCACAACAGGCAAUUACCCAAAUUAAGUUGUGGGCAGCCUAUCAAGAAUGUUUCAUUCCUACUGUGCAGGAAACUGGACGUUCUAUCCUCCCAGCUGCCGAUUUCAUCAAAAAUGUCAGUUCGACAUUUGUUGACAAAGCUACGGCCCAAGUACAGACCCGACCUGGUGAAGAGCCAAAGUUCGUAAUCAAAGGCAUUAGAAUGAGAAGUGUUCCAGUUGAUUUUCAGGGAGAGCCUUACCACAAAUGUUUAUGGAACGUUCAUUCACAUACUGGUGCUGUCGUACCUUGCGGCGAAUUUUUCAUGAGCCCCAAUGAGAUGUUUCGCCACAUCAUGCAGACUCAUCUUCGUGCCUCUCCCUUGGCUGACGGGAAGUUCGCAAAUCAAGAGAAUAGUUACGCUUGCUACUGGGGUGAUUGCAAUCGAUUUCACCAAUCACCAGCGACGAAACUAGUCCAGCUAGCUUCACAUAUUAAGCUUCAUCUUCCUACAGCGAAGCCAACAAACCAGCAAGGAUCUCAGUCAAGGAGAAUGAAGCUUUCUUAUGUGAUACCUGGCGUCAGACAGCCUUUCCAUUGGCAGCAAACCGCCGCUGAUGAGCAACACCAAGCUGCUGGUAUUCCUUUGAGCGCUGUCUUGGUCCUUCGGAAUCUGGCCCGCAAUCUCUCCAAAACAGAUGCAGAGCAGAAUGUCGUUAAACUGGGCGGUGUUUCUUUCGUGGAUAAGUUAUUCAAACCAGUGGAACCUCGAUUGUAUGAAGUCAUGGCUCACAACAAAGCUUUGACAAUGUACAUGACUGAUCUUCUCAGCUCCGUGAACGCGUCUUAA